AGCUUGUGUCGUCAAAGUGCCCGCCGUGUCCAUGGAGAGAAGCUGAGGCCCUACGCUCCAGCCCGAGGCUGCGGGCGCCGCGACGUGGACAUGUCGGCGUCGUUGGUCCGCGCCACCGUGCGGGCCGUGAGCAAGAGGAAACUGCAGCCCACGCGGGCGGCGCUCACGCUGACCCCGUCUGCUGUGAACAAGAUAAAACAACUUCUUAAAGACAAGCCUGAGCAUGUGGGCCUGAAAGUUGGCGUGCGAACCAGGGGCUGUAACGGCCUCUCUUACAGCCUGGAGUAUACAAAGACAAAAGGAGAUUCUGAUGAAGAAGUUAUUCAAGACGGAGUCCGAGUGUUCAUCGAGAAGAAAGCACAGCUGACCCUGUUAGGAACAGAGAUGGACUAUGUGGAAGACAAACUGUCCAGUGAGUUUGUGUUCAACAACCCCAACAUCAAGGGAACCUGUGGCUGCGGCGAAAGCUUUAACGUUUGAAACUCAGGACUGCAAGCUCCAGGGGGGCUGGGUCUACCUUGGAGCUCACUGAAGAAAUCAUGUGAUGUCACGUGCUCAGAAGUAUAGUGUGUGGCUGCCUCAUGGGUGAAAAUAAAGCAACGCAUUUGGGAAUCAAGCCAAUGUGCUAAGAGUUCUGAAAACAUGGUACCUGCACUCUCUGUAAGACACAAACAGAAAACAUGGUACCUGCACUCUCUAUAAGACACAAACAGAAAACAUGGUACCUGCACUCUCUAUAAGACACAAACAGAAAACAUGGUACCUGCACUCUCUAUAAGACACAAACAGAAAACAUGGUACCUGCACUCUCUGUAAGACACAAACUGAGAAGCCGUUGGUUUCCUGAGUCAUUCUGUUCUAUACAGAAAACUCCUACCGCACCCUUAUGCUGUAACCUGCUUUGUGCUAGAACCAGCUUCUUGGCCAUUGCUUUGCUGGGAAUUGAGGAAUGAGAUAACAGGCGCGCACCUAGAUCACAGAACGGCUUGAGAGUGUCUCCUGGCCCUUUCUCAAUCUUUGCCAAUCCCCAGUCUCGGGCAGGACGACUGUGGGUAACGGUGUAGUGGGACCUCAUUUCCCUCACCUUUGGCAUGGCCCGUUACAUUUUUACCAAACAUGUGACUACCACAUGCCUCCUUUGCCAACCCUGCAACAGUUCGUGAGUUCUGAGUUCCGCUAUCAGAAGGCGGGAACCACCAGGCCUUGUUUCAGUCUGUCCUCUUGGGCAAGCUUCAUGAUGGUUUGCUUAGACCUUUCAGUUCAAAGUGCUUAUGGUGAGCAGCCUGCUAGCUCACUCCCAUCACGACUGAGCGCAGUUCUCAGAGCUUCUGCCCAGCUCUCCCUUCCUUGGACAGCAGUGCUGUCUGAGACAUGCGGUGCCGAUGGGCCUGGCCAGCGCGCUCACCAGAGUUUAAUUUAUAGAGACUGCCUUAGUUUUCGUUGGAAGGGAAGUCUUGUGUUUGUUUAGAACUUUGAAACAAUAGUUUCUUCUUACAGAGAAGAUGUGCAUCAGUGGGAUUACUCUCAGCACAGGACCUGUGGAGCAGAACAUGCAAAUUCUUACAGUUGCCAGUAUGCAUAUGCUUCUGGUUCCUAAAUGAAAUUGCUAAGCCUUUUUUUAAUGUUUUUAUCACCAGUUUUUUGAGCCAUGGUUUUGCUGUAUACUACAGACCAGCCUUGAACCCACAAUCCUUCUGCUAUAACGUCCUGAGGCAUGUGCUACCACACCUGGAUCCCACGUUUUCUUUACGUGGUCUUGGUUGACUUGGGUUGGACAUCUUAAGUAACCUGUGAAUUCUUUUGUGGAAGGCUGAGUCUCAUGUAGCUGAGUUCAAUAUUUGUUCUAUCUGCUAAAGUACCUACCACCAAAAUAUACCAACUCGUAGUUUUAUGUGAAUGUUGAUGAGUUUGUAUCAUAAAUAGAAUUAUUGAUACAUCCUUAAUUUGUGCAAUAUUGUAUGAAGAGAUUGAGUUAUCCAUUAAAAACACGCCUCUUUAUGAUCCUAA